GGCGGGGCGGGCGAUGUGGCGAGGCCCGGCCCACUCGGUACCCGGGGCUGUCCGGCCGCCUCCCGCCGUGGCACGGGUGGGCUGCGGGGAGAGGCCGCGGGGGAAGCCGGACGUUAAACCCGGAGUGCCACUGGCGAGGAACGGACAUGUUCGGCUGCUGCCUUCAGUCUCUGGUGUCGUGCUAUGUUUACCCAAAAAGGAGAGACUGAGACCCUGUUAUUUUAAUCUUUGACUUCUUACUGGAUUAUAAUAUAAGUGUCACAAUAAGCUAAAAACUGCGGGAAGAGCACUGGGGAACUGGGCAUGGUUGGAUCCUGAACGGAAGGAGCUGGCACUGAGGAAAGGAGGAAGGGGAGGAAUGGCAUCCCGGGAGAGGCUGUACGAGCUGUGGAUGCUUUACUGCAGCAAGAAAGAUCCAGAUUACCUGAAGCUUUGGUUGGAUAGUUUUGUUUCUAGCUAUGAACAGUUUUUGGAUGUGGACUUUGAGAAGCUGCCAACUAGGGUGGAUGACAUCCCUCCAGGAAUAUCACUGCUUCCUGACAAUAUUCUUCAGGUCCUGAGACUCCAGCUGCUGCAAUGUGUCCAGAAAAUGUCAGAUGGAUUAGAAGAGCAGCAGCAGGCUUUGUCACUUUUGCUUGUGAAAUUCUUUAUCAUCCUUUGCAGGAAUUUGGCAAAUGUGGAAGAGAUUGGGAUGUGUUCAUACAUUAAUCAUGUCAUCACCAUGACCACGUUAUACAUUCAACAGUUAAAAAGCAAAACAAAAGAGAAAGAAAUGGCAGAUCAGACACCAAUAGAAGAAUUUGUGAGACAUGCACUGGCUUUUUGUGAAAGUCUCUAUGAUCCAUAUCGCAAUUGGAGGCAGAGAAUUGCAGGACGUAUCCUUAGUACAGUUGAAAAGAGCAGACAGAAGUAUAAACCGGCUUCCCUCACUGUUGAGUUUGUCCCUUUCUUUUAUCAAUGUUUCCAAGAAAGUGAACAUCUCAAGGAAAGCCUGAAAUGUUGCCUGUUACAUCUCUUUGGAGCUAUUGUGGUUGGUGGUCAGAGGAACGCUCUUCAAGCAGUAUCUCCUGCUACCAUGGAAGUCUUGAUGCGUGUUUUAGCAGACUGUGAUAACUGGGAUGAUGGGAGCCCAGAGGAAGUGAGCAGAAAGGCGGAGCUUACUCUGAAGUGCCUGACAGAAGUUGUCCACAUUCUCCUUAACAGCAGUUCUGAUCAGCGUCAGGUGGAGACCAGUACAAUACUGGAGAACUAUUUCAAGUUGCUUAAUUCAGACCAUUCAGCUUUACCUAAACCAAGGCGAUGUAGGCAGUGGGAGAGCAGGUUCAUAGCACUACAGAUCCAAAUGUUGAAUACAAUCACGGCCAUGUUAGACUGCACGGACAGGCCUGUUCUACAGGCAAUUUUCCUUAACAGUAACUGCUUUGAGCAUCUCAUUCGACUGUUGCAAAACUGCAAGGUAUUUCAGGGACGUCUAGACUGCUUGGCAGUAUCAACCAUUCAGGCUCUCACAGCAGUAAUGCACAAGUCUCCAGCUGCUAAGGAGGUCUUCAAGGAGAGAAUCGGUUAUGCACAUAUCUACGAGGUACUUAAGUCACUGGGUCAGCCCUCACGGGAACUGCUGGAAGAACUCAUGAAUAUGGCUGUUGAAGGUGACCACAUGGCUGUUGGGAUACUAGGCAUUAGUAAUGUCCAGCCAUUAUUGCUGCUUAUCCAGUGGCUUCCAGAGCUUGAGUCACAUGACCUGCAGAUUUUCAUCUCAAAUUGGUUGAGGCGGAUCUGCUGUAUUAACAGGCAGAGUCGUGCCACAUGUGUCAACGCAGAUAUGGUCAUCCGUAUCAUUGAGACACUAAAUCACCACUCUGCACUCCAUUGUACUUGUGCAGAGAACCUGAUUGCCCUUCUGGGCUCUUUAGGGAGCCAGUCAAUGGGGUCAGAAGAACUGCUUCAACUAAUACGGCUCCUAAGGACUGAGGAGCCAAAACAGGCUCACCCUUAUGUUAUUCCAGUGGUGCGAGCCAUUCUGGCAAUGGCUCGGAAACAAGGCAUGGCUAGUGCCUUGCAGUAUUUCAACUUGUGUCACAGUAUGGCGGGAAUUGCUGUUCCAUCAAUUCAGAGGUGGCCAGGCUCUGCAUUUUCUUUCAAUGCUUGGCUCUGCCUUGAUCAAGACCAGGUGGACCCUAGCACAGCUAGCAAAACUGGCAAGCGGAAGCAACUGUAUAGCUUUUUUACAGGAGGCGGUAUGGGUUUUGAAGCCUUCAUCACAUGCUCUGGAGUAUUGGUGGUAGCAGUUUGCACAAAGAGGGAAUAUGCAACAGUGAUGCUGCCUGACCACUGCUUUUUUGAUUCACUCUGGCACAACAUAACUAUCGUUCACAUGCCUGGAAAGAGACCCUUUGGUCAGAGCAUUGUGUACAUCUAUGUCAACGGACAGCAGAAGAUCUCUGCCCCACUUCGAUUUCCUGCCAUGAAUGAACCAUUUACUUCUUGCUGCAUUGGUUCAGCUGGUCAAAGAACAACAACUCCCCCUCCAUCUCAGAUACCAGAUCCACCUUUUUCUUCCCCUGUCAUGCCCCAUCGUACAUCACUCGGGGGCAUUCUCUCUCCAGGAAGCUGGAGUGGGAUGCUUGCAAAACCAGAACUCAUCACCAAGAUGAUCUCAGCAGGGACUCAGGAUAGUGAAUGGGGAUGUCCAACAUCAUUGGAGGGCCAACUUGGUUCAGUUAUCAUUUUUCAUGAAGCACUGCAACCCCCUCAGGUGAAAGCAUUGUAUUUGGCAGGUCCAAACUGUUUAACUCCAUGGAAAUCUCAAGAGCCUGAAGUAGCAGAUCUCCCCAGUAAGGUGUUGCUGCAUUACACGCCAAAGGCCUGCAGAAAUCCAAUUUGUCUUGACCUGUCUGCAAAUCUCUUGCACGGAAGACUAACUGGAAACAAAGUAGUGAACUGGGACAUCAAGGAUAUGAUCAACUGCAUUGGUGGAAUAAAUGUGCUGUUUCCAUUGCUGGAGCAGAUCAGUUUUCUUGGUAGACAGAUGCCUGAGAAGUCUGUAGGGGAAACUCUACCUCCUGAAGUAGUUACUCCUGUAGAGGGAGACUGGGUGGUAUUGUCAUCCACGAAGGUACCAAGCAUCCUAAUGGAUGUGAAUGUACUGAUGGCUGUACAGCUGUUGAUAGAGCAAGUCUCAGUUGAAAAGAACUUGCAACUUCUGCAACAGAUGUAUCAACACUUACUUUUUGACUUCAGCAUCUGGAACAGUGGGGACUUCCCUUUCAGAAUUGGGCAUAUACAGUAUCUUUCUACAAUCAUCAAAGAUAGCAGAAGGCUCUUCAGAAAGAAGUAUGGUGUACAGUUUCUUCUAGACACACUGAGAGUUUAUUAUGGGAGUGGAAGCAAAGACAGUGAUUUAACUCCUGAUGACCUGAGAACUAUACAGACAUCCCUUUAUGGACUGAUCAAAUAUUUUCUAAGUAAAGGUGGAACACAUGAAGAAAUACAGAGCAUUGUAGGAUACAUAGCUGCUACCAGUGAAGAAGAACAGCUCUGUGGAAUCCUGGAUGUUCUGUUCAGCCUUCUUCAUUCCAGCUCAGCCCCAGAUCAGCUUUUUUUAUUGCUUUUUGAACCAGGAAAUGCUGAUAUUCUUUAUGCUUUGUUAUUGCACCAGAGAUACUCCGACAAGCUUAGAGAACUUGUGUUCAAGAUUAUGGAAGAGAUGCUGAAAUGUACUAAAGUUUAUGAGCGUAGUAAGCACCGUAUGAGACUCAGAGAAGUGGGAUACUCUGGACUUGGACUCCUUCUGAAUGAAUCGUCAGUUACUAUUUCUCUCAUAAAAAACCUUCUUAACCAAGUUCUCCAUGCAGAUCCUGCUGUGAAUUAUAAAGAUCUUUUAGCUGUAGUGCAUCUGGCUCAUAGAUCAGAUAUAAACAUGAGAGUGGUUAUCUGUAGAAAGGUUUUGCAUCUUUUGCAUUCCCAAGUGGAUGCAGCACAACAGAUUUCUCAGCAGCUGGGCUGGCAGGACACUUUGAUUAGACUCUUCCUGAAAGAAAAUUCUGAGGUCCGGAUUGGCUUUAGAGAGAACAGGGCUGACUCCUCAAGGGAAGAGGAAAAAAAGCCUCCUGCUGAAGAACUUCAGAAAUAUCAUGCUGAUAAGAUGGAGGGAGAUAAAGCUGAUACCUUUGCAUCUGUGAAUGGUUUGUUUGAUCAGUGGAGUUUAGAAGACAAUAAAUCCUUGGAUGUGCCAGCUCAUUUCUCUGCUAUGCCACUGGAAGAUGCAUCCACAGCAGAGAUGUCUUUCAAGUCAGAGGACCGAGAAGAUUUGUGGCACAGUAAUCCUUCACAUUUGAGUCUAGACCUGUCCAGCGUUGACUCUUAUGAACUAGCUGACGUUGUGAAUCAGAUGACAGAUAGUCUGCCCAGCACACCGUCACCUUUAGAGAACAGAAAACCAUUUUCUGGGCAGCCUGAAAAGGAGCUAGAUGUCAUAAGCGAUGUAGGCUUCAGUGCUGCUGAUCUAUCUUCAUUUGAAAAUCAAGGAGGGGGUGAUAAUGAACUGAUACAGUUACUUACAGACAUCCUGCUGUGCAUAAUGUGGAAAGGCAUUGAAAGAUCUGAUGAUGAGGCUUGGAUAGAGAGAGGACAGGUGUUUUCUGCACUGACCAAACUGGGAAUAUCUAACGAGUUGCUGCGACCUUCUGAUGAAAUAAAACUCAACUUGUUGGAAAAGAUGUUAGAAUGGUCAGUCACUGAUAACAGAGAUUCUAAAGCUCUCCCUACACACACUGAAAAUGCUUUCCGGCUCUUGCUAAUUGUACAAGAUUUCCUGCAGGCAGAAGGACUUGUUAACUCAAAUUUAUGGACAGAAAAGCUAUUGGAGGAGUUAGUAACUCUUAUGGAUAGCCUGUCAGUCUGGUACUCUGCUGGCCCAGAAGCAGCCUGGUUUUCACAGGUGCAAGUCCAGUUGCUCCUUGGAUUCAUUGCACAAGACAACUUACAGGUCUGUGCUAUGGCAGCAGCAAAACUGAACACCCUUCUUCAGACCAAAGUAAUAGAGAGUCAACCUGAAGCAUGCUACCUGUUGGGGAAGCUGGAAGGCAUCUUAAGUAGGUCAAUUGAAGAGAAGACAGAAACAUACUCAUUUUUGAUUCCACUUGUUCGGACGCUGGUAUCCAAAAUUUAUGAACUUCUCUUCAUGAAUCUGCAUCUCCCUUCAUUGCCUUCUACCAAUGGCAGCCCCUCUUUCUUUGAGGACUUCCAAGAAUAUUGCCGAUCUGAUGAAUGGAAGGUUUAUAUUGAUAAAUAUAUUAUUCCAAAUAUGAAGCAGUAUGAAGAAAACUCAUUCAGACAUGGUCAUGAGCAGAUGGCAGUUUAUUGGAAGGAUUGUUAUGAAGCAUUUAUGGUGAAUAUGCACAAGCGAGAUCGGGAGAGAGGAGAAAGCAAGCUGAAAUUUCAGGAGCAUUUUGUGGAACCGUUCAGCAGAAAGGCUCGACAGGAAAACCUGCGGUACAACAGUAUGCUAAAGCAACUUAAUAGUCAACACACAGCUACUCUGAGGCAGUGGAGAGCAGCCCAACUUUACUUGCUCUCUGAACGUGGUCCUUGGUCUGAAAUGAAACAGCAUCCUGUUCACUGGAAACUUUCAAAUGUUGAAAAUUUUUCACGUAUGAGACUAAAACUAGUGCAGAAUUACAACUUCAACUCUCAUCAGGAUGCUAGUGACCUGAGAGAUAAUUUAGGUGUGUACCAGACACAACCCUCUAGUGAGUCUCUGCUUCUGGAGGUGGUGAAGCAGGUAAAAGUGAGUGACUUGGAAGAUGAUGUGCUUGAACUGCCAGAAGAAGACACAGCAGCCAGUUCCAAUAUGGAUGAGAAGGAUGAACAGAGUCAGAAAGAAAAACUAAUAUUGUCUGAAAACUGUGAACUCAUUACUAUAAUUGAUGUGAUACCUGGCAGACUGGAGGUCACUACCCAGCACCUAUAUUUCUUUGAUGGUAGCAUCGAAAAAGAGGAGGGGGUUGGUUUUGAUUUCAAAUGGCACCUUUCUCAAAUUCGAGAGAUACAUCUGCGUCGGUACAACCUGAGGAGGUCAGCUUUGGAGAUCUUCCUUACGGAUCAAACUAACUACUUCAUCAACUUCAAUAAGGAGGUAAGAAACAAAGUAUACAGUCGAAUAUUGUCACUGCGUUCUCCAAAUAUUUCUGGGACCCGAUCUCCUCAGGAGCUCUUUAAAGCUUCAGGUUUAAUGCAGAAAUGGGUGAAUAGAGAAAUAUCCAACUUUGACUACCUUAUUCAGCUGAACACAAUGGCAGGACGAACUUACAAUGAUCUUGCUCAAUAUCCUGUGUUCCCCUGGAUUUUACGAGAUUAUACAUCUGAUGAACUGGAUCUGAAUAAUCCAGCAGUCUUUAGGGAUCUAUCCAAACCCAUUGGAGUGGUAAAUGAAAAGAAUGCUAAGGCUGUGAAAGAAAAAUAUGAUAAUUUUGAGGAUCCCCUUGGAGUGAUUGACAAAUUUCACUAUGGGACACACUACUCAAACGCUGCUGGUGUCAUGCAUUACCUCAUUCGGGUAGAACCUUUCACAACUCUUCAUAUCCAGCUUCAAAGUGGCAGGUUUGAUUGUGCUGAUCGACAGUUCCAUUCUAUUCCUGCUACCUGGCAAGCACUCAUGGAUAAUCCCAAUGAUGUUAAGGAACUUAUUCCAGAAUUUUUCUACUUCCCAGAAUUCCUGGAAAACCAAAAUGGCUUUAACUUGGGUCAGCUUCAAAUAUCCAAAGAAGCAGUAAAUGAUGUUGUUCUCCCCAAGUGGGCCCAUUCCCCAGAAGACUUCAUUUAUAAACAUAGGAAGGCUCUGGAAUCAGAGUAUGUUUCUGCUCAUCUUCAUGAAUGGAUCGAUCUGAUUUUUGGCUAUAAGCAGAGGGGACCAGCUGCAGUGGAAGCACUCAAUGUGUUCUAUUAUUGUACUUAUGAAGGGGCUGUGGAUUUGGAUGCUCUAACAGAUGAGAAGGAAAGGAAAGCUUUAGAAGGGAUGAUAAACAAUUUUGGACAAACUCCCUGUCAGCUGUUGAAGGAACCCCACCCUCAGAGGUUGUCAGCAGAAGAGGUAGUACAAAGACUAACUAGAAGUGAUACUUCUACUCUGAAUCUCUUCCAACACCUCACUGAACUGAAGUCAUUCUUCAUAGAGGGAAUCAGUGAUGGUGUCCCCAUUGUCAAAGCUGUUGUCCCCAGGAAUCAGUCACGUUCCUUUAUGUCUCAGGGAAGCCCAGAGAUAUUGGUAACAGCAAGUCUGAAUUGCAUUAUUGGAACCCACGGUUGGCUGCCUUAUGAUAAAAACAUCUCCAACUAUUUUACAUUCAUCAAAGAUACUACAGUGACAAAUCCCAAAACACAGCGCAAUAUGAGUGGUCCAUUUGCACCAGGACUGGAGAUCACUUCUAAGUUGUUUGCAGUAUCUCAUGAUGCAAAACUCCUCUUUAGUGGAGGACACUGGGACAAUAGCAUCAGAGUGACAUCUCUUACAAAAGGCAAGCUGAUUGGACAGCACAUCAGGCACAUGGAUAUUGUGACCUGCUUGGCGAUAGAUUACUGUGGAAUUCAUUUAAUUUCUGGAUCUAGAGAUACAACCUGUAUGAUAUGGCAAAUAGUUCAGCAGGGAGGAGUGCCUGUAGGCCUGACACCUAAGCCAUUACAGAUCCUUUAUGGGCAUACUGAUGAAGUUACAAGUGUUGGCAUCAGCACUGAGCUGGACAUGGCUGUGUCAGGAUCCAGGGAUGGGACUGUUAUUAUCCGCACCAUUCGGAAAGGUCAGUACAUGAGAACUUUGCGACCACCUUGUGAGAGUUCCCUCCUGCUGACUGUUCCCAAUCUGGCUGUGUCCUGGGAAGGCCAUAUUGUUGUCCACACCAGCAUAGAAGGAAAGACCACUCUUAAGGAUAAGAAUGCGUUACACCUCUAUUCUGUCAAUGGAAAGCAUCUGGGUUCUGAGACUUUGAAGGAAGAAGUGUCAGAUAUGUGUGUGACUGGCGAGUAUAUUGUGAUGGGCAGCUUACAGGGAUUUCUUUCCAUACGAGAUCUCUACAGCUUGAAUCUGAGCAUCUCUCCAUUAGCCAUGCGACUGCCAAUUCAUUGCAUUUCUGUUACCAAAGAGUAUAGCCACAUCCUUGUUGGCUUGGAGGAUGGCAAAUUGAUUAUCGUUGGUGUUGGCAAGCCAGCAGAGAUGCGCUCAGGUCAGCUUUCCCGAAAGCUCUGGGGAUCAAGCAAACGGCUCAGCCAGAUUUCAUCAGGAGAGACUGAAUAUAACACUCAAGAUUCCAAGUGAUUGCUGCUUCUACCUUCUCUCAUGGAUUCCAGAAACAUAUUUUAUAUUUUGGUCACUUUAAAUGUACGUCUGUUUUCAGGGGCUUCACUCUCAAUCUGUUGAAGAUGAACCUAUGGUAGAGGUAUAGUAAAAAGCAUACGUACUCAUGCAAGUUAGCUUGCUUGCAUAUUUUUCCUUAACCACAUUGAUUUGGUUACAACUGAAUCCCUCUCAAAAUAGCUGCUAAAACAGGGUUUCAGGGAAAAAAACAGAAAGCAGCCAAACAAAGAAAAAAAGGAAAUGGACACAAAACAAAAACACCAGACCUCCAAACCCAAGCUUUGUUAAUUGAACCUAAAAUAAGUAGUAUUUGAUUUAAAACUGGCUCUGUUAGCCAGAUGCUCCUUGACCGCAAGAGAGAUACUUGGCAGUGCUUUGAGAGCACUAAUUUUCCAUCAGUGAAUUAAAACUCUGUUACAGUGGUACUAUUUAAAACUGGUGUAGUUGACAAUUAUGAUCUUUUCACUAUGUCUUUAGACCAAUGAAUAACUUAAUGUGAUUUGUUCCUGUAAAUAGCCAUUGCUGUCAUCUUUUGUGUAGUUCCAGUUUUAGGCUGUCUGUAAGGAGCAUCUGUAUUGUACUAUUUGAUUAUCAAAAGUACAGACAUGAGUAACUUCAAAGGAUUUGAAGGUGGUGGAUGAGCUGAAGGAGGUAGGAAAACUUGCUGCUAAGAAUUAUUUAUAUUUUUAAGUAGACUAAAACACUAAGGAAUCCCAUAAUAUAGUUAAUAUCUUGAAGAAAUACAGAGGAAGAAUUGCAUAUCCAUGUCGGUUAAAGAUCAAUCUUUAAGGCAACUCCUGCAAAGAAAAAACAAAUUCCAUUGCAAAAUCAUUUUAACAACAUUACAGCACAGAUUAAAUAGCACCUGUUUUUUUCUUGGCUUAGUAUUCACCAAAGCACUUGCUAGCUGUACUUUUUUCUGUUAAACAAGCAGGAAAAUAGUGUAUCUGUUUUCAAGAUGUGUUUAAUAGUGGUGAGAAGAGAAUAUCAGAUCUGUACAUGCUCAUUACACAACAGAACAGUUUUUAAUUAGAUGGUAUAUUUUCAAAAAGCCAUUACUGAAUGUUUUCUUAAUAUAUGAUAAUAGGAUGAGUGUGUUUUCCUAUAAUUCUGGCCUUUUUUAUAAUAUUAAUGAUUUAAAUUAUAAUCCCCAUCCUGUUAAAAGCCUGGUGCUGAGGGAAAAAUAAGAUUUUUUGACGGGCAUGAAAAGGUAUGUGUGUAUAUGUGUCUGUGUGUAUAUAUGUGUAUACAUGUAUGUAUGUCUAUUAAAAAGAGAUUAUCAUUCCUCUUGCAUAUUUCUGAUGCAAGUAGAGUACAGAUAAAAGGCAGAGUUAGAAGUGGUUGUUUGAUAAGAUACUCCCUUUUGGCUACCAUUCUCUUCCCUCUGCCAUCACCUUUUUGUUAUUUCUAUUUAUUUAUGGAUAUGAAUGUGCGAUGUACCUCCUAUAAAGAUUAUCAGACAUAUAUUCCCUGUGACUGGGGACCUGAUGAACUACCUGAGGAACUCCAUUAUAUAUGAUCUCAUUUCAUUAACUUUUGGCACAAUAUUUAUUAUCUUUAUUUCUAUAUGCUUAAUCCCUGCUCCUGGAAAAAGAUAAUUUUUAAAAGUCCAGUUAGUUUCACUAAAACUGUAUUUGCUUCCUAAAUGUCUUUACUUUAAAAAAAAAAAUCCUCUUGUGAGGAUUCCUCAUGUUCUGAGGAAAAAUGUUAUUUUUUCUUAACUUUAGAGGAAAUAAAUCAGACUAGUGAGAAAAUGGGUCUAUCCAUAGUUGCAAUAUUCUAAUUAAUCACUGUGACAGACUGGAUUGUCUAGAAGGUUAAGAGAAAAUGAGUAAUUAAUUUCUCUGAGUCACUUGCCAAGAGAGCAUUACAUUUCUGAAAGUGAAGUGGUUCAUUUUUUUUCAGACUCCAUACUUUCAAAGUGAGAACUGCUUUUGUCAAUUGCCCAUCCAGCAGGAAGAAUAAAGGGAUUCUGGAAGUAUCAAAGUGUGCACAUAAGAAUGUGAAGUAAGCUUGUGCAUAAUGAUUUCAUGAAGAAGGGAUUUCAGGGGAGAUCUUUGGAGAGUAGUUUUGGGAAGUUGAAAAAGAACUCACUUGGGGCAUUACAUUAUUUUUGUAAGUAUGCAUAUAUGUUCUGUUUAAAUGCACAUAUGAAGUUAAGGGUACGCAUGCAGAGGAAGGGAGAGGCAAUAACAUUUCAAGUUAGCAGAAUCAAAUAGAGAAAAAGGAAAUGGUUCUUUUAUAGCGUUUGUGAAGAAAAUCUUUAUCACUUGCUCAGAGGUUCACAAAGUUUGAAAAAUGUCUUAUUGUGUUUAGGUUAUGUUUAUACAAGAGAUUAAUAAUUUAAUAUUCAAGAAUAGUGAAUACAGUGUGUUAGCUUACGUAACAUCUAACGUAGCUGCAGUAAUUGGGGAUGAGAGGACUUCUGGCGAGGAGCUUUGAUAUUUGAAUACCAUCAUUUCAGGUCAUUGUGAGCAUUAGGUGAUCAUCAGUAAUAUCUGGGCCAGGUUGAAAUGUGGACAGUUUUGGAGCAGAUUUGAUAACAGCUUGUGCUCUGCACAAAACAGCAGAAUGAGGAAAGGUGAGCUCUGAGCUACUUCAUGUUCUAUGCAGAACAGCAACGUACGUUACCUUUUCAUCCUGUGCACGAUCCUUCAAGAUGAGGGGUGUACACCACCACACAGACAAUAUUCUUGCCAGACCCACUGGAAAGUCCCCAGGGUUUCUAAGGUCUGCACUUUGCCUUUAUCUAAAACCAGCUUUAAAUAAAGAUACAGGUAAUAGUAAGUUUGAGCAGUAGGUGGCAUUUUGCUUAAUUUCUUUGUAUGUCUUUCAAGUAGAAAAUCUUUUUAUUUCUGUCAGCUGUUCAGGCUAAUUGAAUUGCAGUCUAUUAUUGCAGUACAGAGUAUAUGACUGAAUUAUUGAUCUUCCUCUUACUUUCCUCAAGCCAAGUAGAGCACAUUGUUUUUUUUCAUGUUGAAUGAGACAUUUGUGAAAUUAGAUUUAAGUGUAAAAAAAGUAAAGCUGUGAGACAAAAACUAUUCUGAUUAGGAAUUGAGAAUAAACAGUGCACAGUUAUUUUGUAACACUACAUUUGUCUAGACCUUCUUGUUGGUACCUCCUUUCAUUUCAUUUUUGGAACAUCCUUAAUGAUGUUUAUCAAAGCUAAAGAUAUGCUUACCUCUGAAGCCGAGUAAGGAAGUGUGUAAAUAUAUAUUAAAAAAAACACCUGAAAACUUGCUUUUGAUAUUUGUAUAUAAAUUAGAUUGAGCAGUUAGCAGUAUUGAAUAAAUUCUUCCUAGCAUUUGAAAUCGCAUACCAAAAGAUGAUAUUUAAGACAUUUCUCCUUUACUUCAAGUAAAACAUUUGUUAGAAUUCUCAGUUUGCUUGUAAUUCUUGAUACUAUUUCUAGUAUUUUAUCUAUAGUGAAGAAUCUUGUCUAGCCUUCACAGUUUUUAUACUAUACCAGCAUUCAGAAAGUGAAAUGUUUGCAGUUCAAGUUAGCAUCAGACUUACAUGAAUUAUACCAUAUCAAUAUACUUAUCUGCUACUCAGUCAUAGAGUCAUAGACUAUCUAGAAACUGUAUCUUCUAUCAUCCAUAUACCUUACCAACACCAGCACAAAAUGAUAAUCUCAGUCUUAAAUUAACUGCAUUUUUCUUGCAUAUAAAUAUAUAGCCUAAUACCCUAAGGCCUGAUCUAAUAUAUACUGCUAGAUAAAAACACUGUGUAGGGUCACAUUUAAUUUGGUGGGAAUUUAAGCAUGUACUUCUGUGCUUUUGCAAAUGGGCUCUUUAUGCCUUUUGGUUUAAAACCUAUGUAGUAUUCAGUGAUAAAUGUGACACUGUUAGUAAUCAGUUGCCUAUGAAGUUUCUGCUAAGGAGUGACUUAAGCUGUGCAAAUGUAUACACUCUAGUUAUUAGCAUAUAUUACCAAAAUCUCCAGGAAGUAUUACAGAUGGUUGAAGACAGUUCUUAAAUGAAAUAUACCACAAAGUGCUGCACUUCUGCAGACUUUUUGUUUUCAUUCACUGAACUUGAUCAUUGUUUUUGUGAAUGGUCAGUCAGAUUUGUAAUAGGUAACAGCACAGCAACUACAAUGAAACUAAUGAGGAGACUUUAAUACAACAGAUUGUAUUAACUUGCACUGCUUUAAAAUUGUGCGUGUUUUGGCUAGGUCUAAGCAGAUGCAGGCAGUGACACGAGAGGUACGUCUUCCUUUUGGGGAGAGAAAAACUUUGUGCAAUCUCAUGUAUGUAGGUUCGUUAUAUACCAAUGCCAGACUCAACCAAAGUGUUUGGAAGAUGCCUUUCUUUCCAUCCCAGGGAACAAAUUUCUUGUUAUUAAUAAUAGCUCUUGUUAACACAUACUCUUAAAGAAAGCCAGCUUCUACAGUUAAAAAUUAGUAGAACACUAUCUCCUCCUUCAGAAUGCAGAAAGGCCUCUGAGUGGCAGCAUAGCAUCAUUUGCGGUUUACUUUUCAGUCAACUGUAUUCAUUUUACUGAAGUCUUUGAACACUCUACAGGUGUGCUUGUACUGUUUAAUCAAAGACAGUCUCAUUCAGUUUUUGCUCACCUUUUUGUUGUGUGUAAGUGGAAGAAUAAUGAUGGUUUUUUGUUAAUGUUUACGAAAAUGACUCAUAGAAAGAGUUCUUCCAGUUGUGUGUGCUUUCUAUUUUCAUUUGAUGGGAUUGGGUAACUUGGAAAGUAAUUCCAGAGCUUGGGUCUGUGACUAGGCUCUGUGCAGAAACUGUUGUAACUAAUUUCUUGUCCCCAAAGCAUGAUUGUCAGUGCAGAUUAUGGUUUAAUGCUGCUAAGGUGUCUUGAGAUUGAAAGUCAAAAAAGUAGCCAUACAUAUCGUAAAUCUAAAUGAAGUUAUAAACCAUUUAUUGAUUUAAUUUCCUACCUAGUCAGCAUUUUCUCUUGAGGGAGACAUUUUUUGCUUUGUAUUAACUGUUUAUUUUAAUCUUAAAUAUGUACCUGGUAAUACUGCUUUAGUUGUAUGCAGCUGUGAUCUAUUAAAAAAGCCAUGAGGAGGAAAAAAAAACAACAAAAAAAAACAAGGAAAAUUUGCUACAUGUGUCCUGAUCCAACUUUAGCUAUGCAGGAGCAUCUUAAUGUAAGAUUAGACAAACGCUGCUUUUAGACUUACCUCUCAUUGGUCAGUCUUCUGUUGGAAGUUUUGCUGCUACUCAAAGUUCCUUUGAAAUUCAUUAAGAAAUUAUUUGAUAUGCUUCAGCAUUUGUUUAAAUUAAUAAAGCUAACAAGGCAGUGCAAACAAAGGCCUUAUUUAGAGCAACAGUUAAUCAUAUCUUCUGACUCUUACACAUUGUGCAAUUGUGGUUACAAAUGAAUUUUUAAAUGCCAAAAAAUGCCUUCUCUUAAAAAAAAAAAAAAGAGUUAAAUGUUAGGUCUGAGGAGUAUUAAGUACGUACUUUUGAAAAUGAGCCUUCAGGCACUGUAACAAACUUGCUGUUAGUCUUCUGUGCAAUAUCUCUUUCCCUUCUGGGUGCUUUACGUGUAUACUGUAUGUCUUAUUUUGGUUUGAUCAAUAUGUUUUGAGAGUGUGUAUAUUAGCUAAUGAUGGAAUUUUUUUCUGUACAGCAUGGUGGAAGAUGU